CUCCUCCUACUUCCUACUCCUUGCCUAUCCCUCCCUCUCUCCCUCCCCCCUCACCGAUCCGACCUAAUCUGACCGGGUAGGGUUAGGGGGGGGAGGGGACGUGAUGGGGCGGCAUUGGGUAUGUGCCACCACCUCUCUUUCUCUCUCUCUCUCUCCCUCGCCCUCGCCCUCUCCCUCUUUUUUGGCAGCGUCCGGGACAAACUCAGAGCCUAGCUAUGUAAAGUAAAAAACACACACACACAUACACACGAGAAACAGAGGAUUGCUCCCCCUGAGGAGUUGGACCGGACAUCGCGGCAGAUAGUUAGCUCGAGGUUAGCAGGGACUCCUAGCUUCACUCUCCAACCAUCUGCCAGCGUAAGGAGUGAUCAUCGGGACUGAGCCGGCCAUGGGGUCUUAGGACGGUGUUUUCCUGUUGUCUGCCAUUCAGUCUUAAUGGUGAAACAAAGGGUUGGUUCUCAUCCUGUUGCCGUGGUGAAGAUGCCAUGGUUACCAGCUCUUUGGUAGCGACUUCUAUUUUUAUCAUCAACUUCCUGGACUGAUGUAGUAGCAGUGGUGGUGGUGGUGGUGGUGGUGCCCGCGGUCGGUGGUGGAGGUAACACAGGACCCAUUGAAGCACAAUGUCGGGCAGUCAGGUUGGGACCCAGGGAGGGGUCUACAACUACUUCCUCAACAUGGUAGCCUAUCAGGUAUGCUGCUGCUGUGGGCCGGCGCCGUGCUCCCUGUGCUGCUCCUUCUGCCCCCCCGUCAGGUCCUCGUCCACCACGCGGGUCAUGUACACCCUGUUCCACAUCAUGGCCUGCGCUGUCUCCUGCCUCAUGCUCUCCCGCAACGUCUCCGAGCUCGUCAGGGAAAAUGUGCCUUUCUUCAACAUGGUGUGUGACCAGGCCCAUGGCGGGGGCCACUGUGAGAUGCUGGUGGGCUACUCGGCCGUGUACCGGGUGUGCUUCGGCACCGCCUGCUUCUACCUGAUGAUGGCCGUCUUCCUCAUCGACGUCAAGUCCAGCCAGGACUUCAGAGCGCUCAUACACAACGGGUUCUGGUUUCUGAAGUUCAUCACCCUGCUGGGAAUGUGCACUGCUGCCUUCUUCAUCCCGACAGAGUCCUUCCUGCACGCCUGGCACUACGUGGGAGUAGUGGGGGGCUUCGCCUUCAUCCUCAUCCAACUCAUCCUCAUCACGGCGUUCGCACACACCUGGAACAAGAACUGGUUGACGGGGGCGGCGGAGAACAAGCGGUGGUACCUGGCGGUGAUGUGCGCCACCCUGGUCUUCUACACCAUCGCCAGCAUGGCCUUCACCUUCAUGUACCGCUUCUACACCCACCCGGCGGGCUGCCACUUCAACAAGCUGCUGCUGUGGAUCAACCUGGGCCUCUGUGCGCUCAUGUCCUUCAUCGCCGUCACGCCCUGCGUGCAGCAGAAACAGCCUCGCUCCGGUCUCCUACAGGCUUCCAUCAUCUGCUGCUACGUCAUGUACCUCACCUUCUCCGCGCUCUCCAGCCGCCCUCCAGAGAAAGUGGUGUACCAGGGGAAGAACAUGACAGUGUGUUACCCCAACGUGGGCCAGGAGGGGAUCCAGAAGGAAGGCAACGCCGUGGCCAUCAUCGGGGCCGCCAUCAUGUACUGCUGUGUGCUGUUUGCGUGUAAUGAGGCGUCCUACUUGGCAGAGGUGUUCGGCCCAUUCUGGAUGAUCAAAGUUUACCGCUACGAGUUCCAGAAAGCCACCUGCUGCUUCUGCUGGCCAGAGGAGGAGGAAGAGGAGGAGAUGGUGAUUGAUGACGAGCACAAGGGGUGUCAGCAGGUGAUCCACAACGAGAGCCAGCGCGUGGCCUACAGUUACUUCUUCUUCCACUUCGUCUUCUUCCUGGCCUCGCUCUACGUCAUGAUGACCCUCACCAACUGGUUCAGCUAUGAGUCGGCCGUGCUGGAGACCACCUUCACCCACGGCAGCUGGUCCACCUUCUGGGUGAAGAUGUCUUCGUGCUGGGCGUGCGUGACGCUCUACCUCUGGCUGCUCCUGGGCCCGCUGUGCCGCUGCCAGGCGGACCACCGGCCGCGGCGCUCGCGCAUCAAGCGCCGCGUCACCUCCCCCCGACACGUGGCCGUCAGCGUCUGACGGGGGGCCGGAGGAAGCGAGGAAGCAGGAGAGGAGAGGAGGGGAGGGGAUGGGGGAAACAGAUCUGGUCUGACGUGGAGCAGGACAGACGUGCAGACUCCUGACGGACCCCCCUGUCCCCGAAGCUCUCCAACGCGGCCGCGUGGAUGGACCGAGCCGACCAAUCAGGGAGCGCGUUCUCAGUGACAUCGUUGCCGUGACGAAUAGACAGAAGGUACUCUGGUACCGCUGUCCUGAGACCUGCUCCGUGGAGCCGCGCAGGCAGACAAGGCCGUGGAAACGCACACAUAUUUGCCAAAGGGAUUACUAACUAUAUAUAAAUAUAUAUAUAUAUAUGUAUUAGCUCUCACUUUGUGAUAAGGUAGUGACGGGUUUAGGGUUCUAGGCGGCGUAUUGGAGUGGUUCUUAGUUUAACUUAGAAUGCUUUCUUCUUUAUGUGUUGACAAAUAAAUGACAAUUGACCAGCGUGUAUGUGUUAACGUAAGAUAGGGCUAGAAUGGGCAGGGCUUUAUUCUAAUAUUUAAAAGCUUUCAGAGCUUAAAGUACUUCAAACUUCCUGUGAUCUUAGGAAUACAUUUCUUCAUUCGACUGACUGCUGGUGCAUUCGAUUUUUACCAGCUGUGCCUAUGUCACAUUCUAACGCACAUUAGGCAAACUAAAACAGAGUUACCAUGGCGAUAUAACUUCACUUGACUGGAUGCUUAAAACUGGUCAUCAUGCAACCAAAUUAAACUAACUUGACCAACUCACGGAAAAGAUGCCUUAUGUAUCACUGCACUGCAAAGUGUGUCUACUCUCAAAGUUAAAAGCUCUAUAAAUAUACCCGUGCCCAAAAAUGACGAGGACAGGAAAAAUUCCACGAAAUGUUCCAAAAUGUUUCUAGUAACCAUGGGGAUAAGUAAAGAUGAUUUAAAUGUACUUUUGGCAGAGUUGCUGCAUAAAAAAGCUUCUCAAAAAAAAUAAUCUAAAAAAGUCUCUCCAUGCUUAUACUAAUGAUUCCUCUGAAAUGUUAUUUACUGUUACUUUAUUGUUUACAAGAACAUUGCUUCUGUCAAAGUCAUACAUUUGCAUUUUUUUUUAAAUGUUUUUCACAAUUUGUGUAAAAUGAUUUAUCAUUAUUAUACCAGAGAAGAUCAAGGGUUCAAAGUGUGAAGGAAAAUGUCUGAAUAUUGAGGUUAGAAGCUUUUGUCUUGCCUUGGUAUAAAAUAGUUUCAGUCAUUUUGUAAGAUAUGACAGUUUUGUGAUUCAAACUGAAAUAAGGGAAGCCUCUUUGAGUGUGUGCGUGUGCAUGUGCCGGUGUGUGCGUGCGUGUGUGUGUCUGAGGAGCAACAUGAUCUGAAUAACUUUGAUGACUUUAAACUGUUAUAUGAACAGGACUUUCAGGCAGGGUCUUCUCACAUUGAUAUUGUCUGUAAUGUGUGUAGUUUUAUUCAGUUAAUACGUUUAUUCAAAUUUUGUUAAAUGCAUUUGUUUUUUUCUCAUAAACCACUGGUUUUCAGAUAUCUUGUUUGUUAUACUUAUCUUGAGCUGCCUAUUUUCACAGUCAACGUUGCUGAUAGGUGAAUUAGACAUAACACCACAUUUGACCUCUAAAAAUCAUUUAGACUGUUA